AUGGUGUUCGCUUGCAACGCCGCAACGUACUACGAGCGUCGUAACCGGUACGACAGCGUGGAGAGCCGGCGGGAGGACGACUACGGCCGCGAUUACGACCGUCACCCGCGCCGGCGCGAGGACCGCUACUCGCGCGACGAGUACGAGGACAGCAGCUACGGCCACGGCUACUACGGCGGCCGGGAGCGCGGCGCGUCGCGCGCCGCCGACCCGGCCCUCUACGGACACGCGGCGGCCGGGUACGCGGCCGGCCAGCGCGCCGCCUACGACCCGCGCACGCUCUACAGCUACUUCGUGCACCUGGAGCGGCUGCGCGCCACCAACCCGCAGCUGUUCACGCAGCAGAUGAGCGCAUACAGGACCAACAACCCGCCGUUCUACCGGGACCUGUGCGCGCGCCACUACCGCAGUCUGCUGCAGGGGGCGGGCGGCGCGCCGGCCGCCGCCGCCUCGUACGCCGGCUACCCGGCCAGCGAGGAGCGCACCAGCGUGCACAGCGGGCGCAGCUCGGUGAACGGCGACGACACCAAGGACAACUUCGCCGCCGACUUCCACCAGCAGCGGCCCGGCUCGGCGCUGGCCUACGAGCCCAGCGCCAUCCUGGCCAGCGAGUCCUACCUGGCCGGAGACGUCUCCGCCCGGCUCAGGCGGUUCGAGGAGACGCCGGUGGAGACCAAGCCGGAGCGGAUGACACCGGCCAAGUUCGCCUACCCGCACGUGGUCGUGCGCUUCUCGGCGUCCGGCCAUCUGGUGCGCGUGCUGCCGAACGACACGCACAAGAACAGCGUGCUGCAGUUCUGUCAGCAGAAGAUGCGGGAGGCCGAGCAGCAGCCGGCGCUGGUCGACAAGGAGUCGUGUCUGCUGAUCUGGCAGCUGCUGCUGCUGCUCAUCCGCCAGAACGGGGUGGCCGCGCCGGACGUUGCCCCAUCGGCCGAGUCGGCCGAGCCGCAGGAGGAGGACGGGCCGCCGUCCGGCCGCCGGUCCGUCGACAGGGCGCUGGUGACGCGCGCCGAGCGGCCGGCGGAGCCACGCGCCGUCCGACGCUUCACCGAACUCCUGCUCUACGGACACCGCAAGGAGGCGCUCGAGUGGGCAAUGAGGCAGGGCAUCUGGGGCCACGCCCUGUUCCUGGCCAGCAAGAUGGACCAGCGCACCUACGGCCAGGUGAUGGCGCGCUUCGCCAACGGCCUGCUACACAACGACCCGCUGCAGACGCUGUACCAGCUGAUGUCGGGCCGGCAACCCUCCUGCACGACGAGCUGCGCUGACGAGCGCUGGGGCGACUGGCGGCCGCACCUGGCCAUGAUCCUCUCCAACACGACUCACCGGCCGGAGCUGAACCGGCGCGCCAUCGUCCAGCUCGGAGACACGCUCGGCAGGGGGGCUCUGGGGGCGGGGUCAGGGGGAAACGCUCGGUGA